GUCGAGGGCACUGGCACUGGCAACAGGGCAUGUUCAGAUCUCGAUACGGUGUACCUAGGACAGACCAAGGCCACCACGAUAAUCUUUAAUCUUCUAUCUGACAUUUCCAAUCUAAUCCAUGAACACCAGCCCUCCUCCAGCCUCCCUUCCAUUCCUGCCCAUUCUUCCCUGAAAUGGAGACCCACAAGCGCCGAUAUAGACAAGAUAACGACGAGUCCGACGCGAUGUUGAGAUGGCCGCGGAAAUUUAGAUUAUCGAUGCGAUGGCGACAGGAUGGCGGACAUGAACAAACACGGCCUGAUAUAUCCAGAUAACUCUCUGGCUUGGUGGCGAUGCCCAUCUGGGAC